AUGUCUUUCCGUGAGCUACCCCACGAAAUCAUCUUUAUGAUAGCGACACACAUCGAGAGCGAAAAUGACAUUUCAUCACUGGUCCGGGCGUGUCGAUCCUUUCAUAAUUUGCUCAACAACUAUCUCUAUGAACGAAAUGUCAACCGCGGAGCUCCUGCCUUGCUCUGGUGCGCCAUGCGCGGCCUCAAAACCAGUGUUGAGCGAUUAUUGAAAAUACAAACCCGGGACAAAACAGAAAACUCCCUACAACAGCUUGACUCAUUCAACUCUAUUAGUUCACCACUACGUGCCGCUAUCUAUUAUAAGCACGCUUCGAUAGUCAAGCUCCUUCUUCAGCAUGGGGCGGGUCAGACAAGUGGCCUCCCGAUCUCGACCCCUCUCCAUACCGCCGUGGAGUACAGCAGCGAAGAAGUUGUGCGAACCAUCCUGGAACAUGGAUGUAAUAUCGACGUGACUGUUCCAAGGGCAGCAGAAACAGCUCUAGUCGUGGCCGUGAGAAAGCAAAAGCCAGGCAUAGUGAAGCUGCUGAUCAAGCAUGGAGCGUGUCUGAAUACAAAGCCGCAUAUUCCAGCCGAGGCGGUAGAAUGGAAAAGACACAUCUGGACGACCCCUCUACAUACGGCCGUUGAUGGGCAAUAUGAAAAUCGUGAGAUGGCUGAGCUACUUCUUUCAGAAGGGGCUGAUGUGAAUGUUCGAUGCGGGGACGGGGGAACUUCUUUGCAUCGCACAACACGCGACAUGAAUGUAGAUGACUCUCGAUGGCUUUUGGAGAAUGGGGCAGACCCAAAUAUUAUUGAUAAUGAGGAAAACUCCCCACUGCAUUUUGCAAUCAAUCUUGGCCGUCACGGCGCGGAGCUUUUAGAGCUUUUUCUCGAGCAUGGAGCCGAUCCGAAUUUGAGAUGCAGGACGGCACCGACACACCCAUUGGAAUUAUUAGACGGAAUGGACGUUCUGGAAAUUGAGGAGUUGCUCCGGGGCCACGGUGCUCAUCUUCCUGACUCUACAUAG